AUAGUAACAAAUGAGGUAGGUAACUGCCGGACCUUCAGCUAGGCCAUCUAUUAAUCAAAAAUCGUACUAAAUAGUUACAGCGUUGCCGGCUAUUAUAUAAUUAUUCAUUUUUGAGAUAAUGUAAAAUGUAACAAAAUUAAACAAGGUACCAGACGUUUCACAGAAAUUGCUUUAUUAACCGAACCACAGGCGUGUUUGGUUUCUUCCCCCGACUUGUGUUCCAUGUUCAGUUUAUUGCUAUGACAUUCGACAUUCUGACAUUUAACCUCAAACAAUUUUUAGGGUAGCAAUUUAUUUAUGCAUUCUCAAUUAAAAUUAUGGAUAUUAUUUUUGUAAGUCUCAAAGUAUAGUUGAUCGACGAUGGAUGGGGAAAAUGAUAAAUCUUCGUUUUGGAAGAAAAAUGUGAAGACUGUACCAGGAAGGCCAAGCCCCAAACGGGAUGGAAAAACAUCUUCUAAGGGUAAAACACCAACAUCAACGUCUUUUCAGGAUUUUCAAGCUUCUGUUAGUGAUGCCUGGGAUAUGGAUGAUGACGAAUUUUGCGUUAUAUCAGGACUAGAAAACACAAAAAUAUCAAAGAGAGUUUCCCAGUCAGCUGCUAUAAAUGUACUGAAUACUCACAGAUGUACAACAGAGGUUGAGAGUCCCCCAGAGGAACAAGUAACAACAGACAAGCAGUUGCUUCCAAAUUGUGAUAACAGUGCUAAAGUGAAUCGAAUACCUGGUAGACCUAAGCAGUUACAUUGUCUGAACCCACCUCAAGAAGAAGAUAGUGAAUCUAAGCUGGAACGUUUUCUGACUUUACUUGAGAACCCACCUUCUUUGCAAGAGUUGUGUAAGCUGAGUUGGUCAGGAAUUCCUGUCAAAGUUCGAGGCAUCACAUGGAGGCUGCUAUCUGGAUAUCUACCAAUUAAUAUAGAAAGAAGAGAUGGAGUCUUGGAGAGAAAAAGGAAAGAUUAUUGGACCUUGGUGGAAAAAUACUAUUACACUGAGCAUGAUGAGACUAACCGUGAUAUUCAACAUCAGAUCAAUAUAGAUGUGCCAAGAAUGAAUCCUUCUAUACCCUUAUUUCAGCAGAAAACUGUCCAGCUGAUGUUUGAAAGGAUACUGUUCAUUUGGUCUAUUCGGCACCCUGCCUCAGGUUAUGUUCAAGGAAUUAAUGAUUUAGUCACUCCUUUCUAUGUAGUUUUCCUCCAGGAAUUUAUACCAGAUAGCAGUUCUUUUGAGACUUUCAAUGUGACUGAAUUGACUGAAGAUCAGAGAAAAAUAAUAGAGGCUGAUUCAUUUUGGUGCCUUUCUAAAUUCCUGGAUGGUAUCCAAGACAACUAUGUAUUUGCUCAAAUUGGGAUCCAAAAGAAAGUUUUGCAGCUAGAAGAAUUGAUUAAAAGAGUAGAUGAGCCUUUACACAGACAUUUGAAGCAACACAAUGUUUGUUAUUUGCAAUUUUCGUUCCGCUGGUUGAAUAACUUACUAACAAGAGAGCUUCCAUUACGGUGCACCAUAAGACUGUGGGAUACUUAUCUGGCAGAAAAUGAUAGCUUUGCGACUUUCCAACUUUAUGUCUGUGCAGCAUUUUUGCUAUAUUGGAAAGAAGAUUUGCUACAGGAGCAUGAUUUUCAAGGAUUAUUAUUACUGCUCCAAAAUCUCCCUACUCAAUCAUGGACCAGCUCUCAAGUCAGUGUGCUAGUAGCAGAAGCGUACAAAUUGAAAGUUAUGUUUGCUGAUGCUCCAAAUCAUCUUCAAAGUAACUCUGGUGAUAGUUGAGUGAGUUAUCCUCAUUGUUCAAUGUUAGUGUUUAUAUUGAAGUUUUGAGUUUCUUGUUUAUUGUUAAUGUACACAUCUUCACAUAUUUUUAUACUGUAUCUAUCGUAAAUCGAAAUUUAAG